AUGAAGUUGUCUUUAAUUCGCAGUGCUUGUGGCAGUCUUCGGAUACAUCCAGGAAGAAGGGUCGGCGGCUUGUCGCGGAGAUGUCUGCCGGUUGGCUCUGGCAGCAGCCGUUUCAUCCUCCGGGCAGCGAGCGGUUCUACCAGCGGCGGUGCCAACCCGAAAUUGUCCGACCACUUUGGGAAACAGCCCCGGAAGGAAAACGGGUUUGAGUUCGACAGGUCUUUGAGGGAAGUGGUUCAGAGCACAAAGGAGGCAAUAGUGGCUCUGCAGAAAAGAAAUCCAUCAGUCCAACCUUUGUUAGCCAUUAUACAGGCAGGUGAAGAUGACAGUUUGUUGGAGAUCAAUAAGAAAAUGGCAGGAAAGGUUGGGCUGAACGUCACUCAGAUUUGCCUGGCAAAAGAGUGCAGUGAAGAUGAAAUUGUAGAGGAGGUGUUGAAGGCGAAUGAAGACCCCAGGGUGCAUGGUGUCUACCUCCACCUUCCCCCGGCUUCACUCACCAGUCGAGUGCUCAAUACUCUCAAACCUGAGAAGGACAUAGACGGGAUAUCAGAUUUGAAUAUGGGCCGUUUGGUACGAGGAGACGUAAGCAAAGGCUUUGUGUCACCCAUAGCCAGCGCCGUCCUGGAUCUGCUGGAGAAACAUGACGCUCCUUUGGAAGGAAAAACAGUGUUGUUGGUUGGAGGAGAAGGACCCCUUGGGCCUGCCCUUCAGUGCCUGAUAGAGAGAAAUGGAAUGGCAGCUCUCAAGAGUAACUGGAGCUCUAAAAGCCUACAGAGACAGGUGAUGCAGGCUGAUGCUGUGGUCCUAUUAGGGGCAGGGAAUAUGGAUGUCCCACCUACCUGGUUUAGACCAGGGGCUGCUGUCAUUCGCUGUGAUCCCAACCUGGAGUCAGAUGCCACUGAGACAUCCUCAAAGACUGGGUUAGGGUACCUCACAGCAGCUUACAGAACGCAGAAUGUGGUGCGUAGUUGCAGUCGGUGGAUCCAAGCGCAGCAGUACCGACCCUGGCAUCUGUGCAGCCUCAAACUUCAGCCCCUGACGCCUGUACCAAGUGACAUAGAGAUUUCCAGAGCUCAGAUCCCCAAGCCAGUGGACCAGCUGGCUGAGGAGAUUGGUUUGCUGCCAGAAGAGCUUGAAGCCUAUGGCAGGACCAAGGCUAAGGUCCGACUCUCCCUGUUAGACCGCCUUCACACACAGCCUGAUGGGAAAUAUGUACUGGUUGCCGGUAUAACUCCCACCCCAUUGGGCGAAGGUAAAAGCACAGUGACCAUUGGCCUAGUCCAGGCCCUGUCUGCCCAUCUCAAGCUCAACUCCUUCGCCUGUCUCCGACAGCCUUCUCAGGGACCUACCUUUGGGGUUAAAGGGGGAGCUGCAGGAGGGGGAUAUGCCCAGGUCAUUCCUAUGGAGGAGUUUAACCUCCAUCUGACUGGUGACAUUCAUGCCAUCACAGCUGCCAAUAACCUGGUGGCUGCAGCCAUCGAUGCCAGGAUGCUCCACGAGGCGACGCAAUCAGACAAGGCUCUGUUUAAUAGACUGGUGCCUUCUGUGAAUGGAGUCAGAAGAUUUUCACCCAUUCAGAUCUCCAGGCUACAUCGUCUUGGCAUUAAUAAGACAGACCCGGCAUCUCUCACACCACAGGAAGUCAGCACCUUCGCCCGCCUUGAUCUUGACCCUUCCAAGAUCACCUGGCAGAGAGUUCUUGAUACAAACGACCGUUUCUUGAGGAAGAUCACAGUUGGACAGGCAAGCACUGAGAAAGGACAGAUCAGAGAGACUGGGUUUGACAUCGCAGUGGCCAGCGAGAUCAUGGCGAUCCUGGCUCUGGCAGACAGCCUGGAGGACAUGAAAAACAGACUGGCGCGAAUGGUGGUGGGGACCAGCCGCUCUGGACAGCCUGUCACCACAGAGGACCUGGGUGUGAGUGGAGCACUGGCGGUGUUAAUGAAAGAUGCCAUCAAGCCCACAUUGAUGCAGACCCUUGAGGGUACGCCAGUGUUUGUCCAUGCUGGGCCCUUUGCCAACAUCGCCCAUGGCAACUCCUCGGUGCUGGCAGACAAGCUGGCUUUGAAGUUGGUUGGACGGGACGGUUUUGUGGUGACUGAAGCUGGUUUUGGAGCAGACAUCGGGAUGGAGAAAUUCUUCAACAUCAAAUGUCGAGCAUCGGGUCUGAGGCCUAAUGUGGUGGUGCUGGUUGCAACUGUGCGAGCACUGAAGAUGCAUGGAGGAGGUCCAAAUGUGUCAGCAGGCGCACCUCUUCCUAAAGAGUACAUCGAUGAGAAUCUGAGCCUGGUUGCAGGUGGUUGCAAUAGCAAUCUCAGGAAGCAGAUCCAGAUCGCACAUCUGUUUGGGGUACCAGUCGUGGUGGCGCUCAAUGUCUUCAAGACAGACACCCAGGCAGAGAUUGACCUUGUGUGUCAGAUUGCAAAAGAGUGUGGAGCAUCUGACGCUGUACCAUGUCACCACUGGGCGCAGGGUGGGCGAGGGUCUUUAGAGCUGGCCCAUGCUGUGAAUGAAGCUGCCAGCAGACCCAGCUACUUCCAGUUCCUGUACAACACAGAGAUGCCAAUAGCAGAGAAGAUCAGAACCAUUGCCCAGAAAGUGUAUGGAGCUGAUGACAUCGAGCUGUCUCCAGCAGCCAAAGCCAAGAUCGAUUACUACGAUCAACAGGGCUACGGUUCAUUGCCCAUCUGCAUGGCCAAGACCCACCUGUCCCUGUCCCACAUGCCUGACAAGAAGGGUGCACCCACCGGAUUUGUUUUGCCGAUCAGAGAAGUUCGCGCAAGCAUUGGGGCUGGCUUCAUCUACCCACUUGUGGGGACGAUGAGCACCAUGCCUGGCCUGCCAACCCGGCCCUGUUUCUACGACAUUGACCUUGACCCGGUCACAGAGGAGAUCACUGGGCUCUUCUGAGCAUGCUCCUGUUAAAGCGAUCCAUAUAGGUAUUAUCACAUACACAUCAGUACAAACUAUUCUACCAUUCCAGUGAUCUAAAUGAGCUGCCGUUGUAUCAUGAUAAAUAUUUUACAGGUUGUCAUUGUUUGUAUAACUUGUUACGUGAGGCUUUAUUUCUUCCCUGAAGUUUUCAGUUUACUACAUUCACUCGGUGCCAGGGCUCCAGGCUGAGAGGUGACACACUCUCUCACUCAUUCACACAGUUUAAUUCACCAUCUUGUUUUUGUCACAGAGUGUGUGAUCUCUUUUCAAGACCUUCAGCUCCGUGCAUGCGUGCAUCAUAAAAUGCAUCUAUCCACUGUACGUCGGGCAGGAAAUGUUUUGUUACUCUUCCCAGUCACAUGUUACGAAAAGCAAAAUUACGAAAAAACAAGAUUACUCAUUUAUGCUUUAUUUGCACAUUAGUGUGAUAUGCCAAAGAUAACCUCCUACAGCCAUACCGUGUAUAUCAUAAAUGCGUUGCGUGUAGUUAGUUCAAACCAUGCUGAAUUUUACUUUAAUAUUUUUUUAUGUCUUUUGUGAACAAAAAAAAAUACUAAAAUGUCUUAUAAUGGUGCUAUAAUUCUAAGCUUUUUUACCUGAAAUGUUCACAGUUUGUGUAUUUAUUAACUAAAUCGCUGAUAUACGCACAAAAAGCUGGUAUGGCCCUUUUCUUACAUCUAAUGACGACCAGUAUCCUCGCCUCCUGCUAAAUGUCCAAGCUGCUGUACUAAGUGAAAAUCACUAAAAGUCACAGGUUACACUCAUCACUUUGAGUCAUUUUUGAGAUAUUGUUCAAGCAUGUUUUUUUCUGAAUGUUGAUCCUUUAUUUCAUGAAAGUGUACUAAUUUUUAAGAUGUUAGUAGAGGUUACCUUAAUUUCAAUAUAUAUAGAAAACAGUGGGAAAACACUGAUUUUACAUUUUAAUACAACAGUCUUUUGCAGUUUCCAAUUCUCAUUGCUCAUAUGCUGGUUUGCAUCCAGACUGCUGAAUGUAACCGUGUUCUCACAAUUCAAGAUGCCUACUUCAACAUCUAGUUUUGAUUGUCUGAUACCAAAUGGCUAACAUCCAGCCUCUGUGUCUCCUGACUUGUCCCCUCUUGGGCUCAUCAAAGGACAGAAAUAACAGAUGAAAUGUAAGAUGUGGCCAUAACUUACGUUUUACUCUGCAAUGUCUAAACCAAACAUAAUUUCAGAUUUGAAAGCAGCCGGUUUCCGCUCUGAAAACAUUUAGCAUUCUUCUCAUUGACAACAGUUGUAUGUUAAACAUUUUGGCUCUCAGAGAUCAAACGUUCUUUUCGAAUAAACCUUUUCUUUACU